AUGACCCGUGACCACCAGCCCUCCAGCCCUGCCCUGUGCUCUCUCCUGCUGGCCAUUCUACUGGGCGGACCCGCUCUAGCCUCCGAGAUCGUGGGUGGCCGGGCAGCCCAGCCCCAUGCCUGGCCCUUCAUGGUGUCGCUGCAGCGGCGUGGGGGGCACUUCUGCGGGGCCACCCUCAUCACCCCAAACUUCGUCAUGUCUGCGGCCCACUGCGUGAACCGCUUCGACUUCCAGACGGUGCAGGCAGUGCUGGGGGUCCACAACCUGAGGCAGCGUGAACCCACGUGGCAGACGUUUGCCAUCCAGAGGGUCUUCGAAAACGGCUUCGACCCCACCAGCCUGCAGAACGACAUCGUGAUUCUCCAGCUCAAUGGGUCAGCUACCCUCAAUGCCAACGUGCAGGUGGCCCAGCUGCCUGCGCAGGGCCAAGGCGUGGGCAAUGGAACACGGUGCCUGGCCAUGGGCUGGGGCCAACUGGGCACAAACCAGCGGAUCCCCAGCGUCCUGCAGGAGCUCAACGUGACGGUGGUGACCUCUCAGUGCCGGCGCUCCAACGUGUGCACCUUUGUGCGUCGCCGGCGGGCUGGCAUCUGCUUCGGGGACUCCGGGGGCCCCCUGGUCUGCAAUGGGGUGAUCCAGGGUAUCGACUCCUUCAUCCGGGGAGGCUGCGGCUCCGGACUCUACCCAGACGCCUUUGCCCCGGUGGCACAGUUCGCAAACUGGAUCAACUCCAUCAUACGCCGCCACAGUGACCUCCCCGCUCCCCACCCUCGGGACCCCGCCAGCAGAACCCGCUAG